CAAAUAUUUCCCUCAUCUAACAGUCAGUUUAUCACAAUUUCAUUUUACAUGUAUUGCUACGAGUAUAGCUUUUUAUUACAGGUUGUCACUGCCCGUUGAUGGGAUUUACAUGCCUCAGUGAAUUAUGAGUAAACGUCUGACACCAUAGAUCAAUAUAUUCUUAGUGUUUUAUGUCGUGAAAGGAAUUAAAUAGUUGGCAGGAAAAAAUACUGGAAGUAGGUUGUAUAGCAGUUCCACCAUAUGUAAAAGAGUACACCUUCAAGAAUAUGGAGAAGAAUAUACGAGUCAGGACAAGAUAAUCUGGAAGUUUUUCCCCAUAGGCUAUAACUUGGCGGGAUGGUUUCUUUUGAGAUGAAUGACCAAAAAAAGAUUGGGCUGGGAUUGACUGGGUUUGGGAUAUUUUUCUCAUUCCUUGGAAUCAUUUUUUUCUUUGAUAAGGCACUUCUAGCAAUGGGCAAUAUUCUCUUUCUUUCAGGUCUGAUGUUGACCAUUGGGCUAAAAUCGACACUACAAUUCUUUGCCAAACCUAAGAACUACAAGGGGACAAUCUCAUUUGGAGCUGGCUUCUUUCUAGUCCUGGUCGGAUGGCCUGUAAUUGGCAUGAUCUUGGAAUCAUAUGGUUUCAUUGUUCUCUUCAGUGGCUUUUGGUCAAUCCUUGCAGUUUUCUUGCAGAAGAUCCCUAUUCUUGGAUGGAUAUUCCAACAACCAUUUGUCACAUCAUUCUUUGAUCGCCAUGGAGGCAAAAGGGUGCCAGUGUAACAACAAUUUGGCCAGAUUAAAGUACUUACGUCAAAUAUUAUUAUUUUUAUUAUUUUAUCGAACAAUUGAUAGUAAGCAGAUCUGCCGAAUUAUAUGAGGGUUCCUUCUGUUCAUCCUUAAUCCAAUUGAGUACAGAGUUGUUUGUGGAUUAGUGAUCAAGACCCUGUCGGAAGAUUUAUGUUGCUUUGAAUUAGGUCAGGAAAAAACCGAGGCAAUAUUGAUGGGUGGAAGAAAAAAUGACAGCUCUGAUCUGUUGAUUUUUGUUUAACUACCUUUCUGUCCUUUUAUUUCAUUGUAUCAUUCAAUUUUUAGCCAAUAUAUUUGAUUUCACUCGUCACUACCAGCUUAAUUGUUUGCUCAUUUGUAAAUACUACCUUUCUGUGAGAUUGUGCCUGUAAUGCUGGAACAAAAUACUUUUGCCCGAUAUCUUCAGGUUAUUUCAUCAAUAUCUUAUUGCUAUACUAGUUAUUGUUUCA